ACAGUGACCGCGGUUCGAGUAAGACGUAGUUUCGUAGCUUCGACAUCCUCCCUUGUGGCAAUCCCAAUCGAUCGACCGACAGACAGAGUCUUACCCUGGGGACGGACGGAUAGAAAGUUCCGGUCCAGAGGAGUGUGUAAACCGAAACGGGGUAGUCUAACGGACCUACCCGAUCGGGGUAACCAACGUUGUUAUUUUAAAAGCUCCACUGUGUACACAGAGCUAACAUUUCGGACCCUGAGGGUUGCUGUCUGUGGUGCAGUAAAACCGGAUAUUGGCGGGUUCAGCGCAAGUGACAAGUGAGAGUUGCGCCCCGUCUCCCCCCGAAUAGGAUUACCAACUAGUCUGUGCAGUGCAGUACGAAGCGCGAGAGCGAGGGGAAGAAAAGUGUUCAUUCAUUGGAAAGUGACAAAGUUAGUUUUUUUCCUGCAGCAGUGUUUGCGCGUAAAUUUGUGGUGAAGCAAAACGAGGUGCGGAAUCGAUGCCGAGGAGGUGAAAUUUGCGUGAGUGCAUAUUUCGAAAUUUUCGCUGGGAGGAAUGUGAAGUUGGUGACGAUUUGUGUGAUAUCAACUGUUGAUCAAAUUGAAGAAAAAAAAACAAACGACGAACCUGAAAAAAGGGAAUUUCGGGGCCGUAAAAAGCGGAGUAAAGCUGACACUCGACAGGUGACUUUUGUUGUUGCUGGUGGUGAGAACGAACGAUCGGACGAAGACAAAAAAAAGGGAAGGCUGAUAGUAGCAACGGUGCAAGGUGGAUCUCUAAAUUGGUGAUGACACGCCGUAAACUCGUUUGCCAGCUGCUGCUGGUGCUGCUGGGCGUUGUGACCCAGGCACAGGAUGCUCCGGAAGAACAACCGACAGCAUCCCCACAGGUGUCGCCCGGCGGUGGAGGAAGCUGCAAGUUCCCGGGCGCCCCAGCCCACAGCACCGUCCAAUUCACGGACGAUUCGCUGCCGAACGGAGCGGUCGCGUCGUAUUCCUGCGAGCGGGGUUUCGAGUUGCUCGGUCCAGCCCGGCGGGUCUGCGACGACGGCCAGUGGGUCCCCGAGGGGAUCCCGUUUUGCGUUCUCAACGUUGCCGCCGGUAAGGCUCCCAUGCAAAUUUCAACGGAUGCCGCCGGAAUCCCGCAGAAGGCCAUCGACGGAUCGACGUCGGCGUUCUUUUCGCCGGAAACCUGCUCCCUCACGAAGCCGGAACGAGUACCUUGGUGGUACGUGAAUCUGCUGGAACCGUACAUGGUCCAACUAGUACGACUGGACUUUGGAAAAUCCUGCUGUGGAAACGGCAAACCGGCUACCAUUGUGGUUCGUGUCGGCAACAAUCGACCCGAUUUGGGCACGAAUCCGAUCUGUAAUCGCUUUACCGGUUCGCUCGAGGAGGGUCAACCGCUAUUCCUGCCAUGCAACCCGCCGAUGCCGGGUGCUUUCGUUUCGGUCCAUUUGGAAACGAGUGGACCGAGUCAGCUGUCGAUUUGCGAGGCGUUUGUGUACACCGAUCAAGCUCUGCCGAUCGAACGGUGUCCGGCUUUCCGUGAUAUGCCACCAGGAGCUUCCGCUUCCUAUAAUGGGAAAUGUUACAUCUUCUACAAUCGACAACCGGCAACGCUACGGGACGCUCUGGCCUUCUGUCGAUCCCGUGGGGGAACACUGAUCAACGAAAGCAACCCUGCGCUGCAGGGUUUCAUCAGCUGGGAGCUGUGGCGCCGGCAUCGCAGCGAUACCUCCUCGCAGUACUGGAUGGGAGCGGUUCGGGACACCCAGGAUCGCAACAGCUGGAAGUGGAUCGGCGGCGAGGAGGUUUCCGUUUCCUUCUGGAAUCUGCCUGGAGGUGACGAGGACUGCGCCCGGUACGACGGCUCCAAGGGCUGGCUGUGGAGCGACACCAACUGCAACACACAGCUUAAUUUUAUCUGCCAACAUCAACCGAAAGCUUGUGGUCGCCCGGAGCAACCUCCUAACUCGACGAUGGUCGCCCCGAAGGGCUUCGACGUAGGUGCCGUGGUGGAGUACAGCUGCGAUGAGGGACACCUCUUGGUGGGACCUUCUCAGAGAACUUGCCUGGAGACUGGGUUCUACAACGAAUUUCCUCCUGUGUGUAAAUAUAUUGAAUGUGGACUGCCGGCCUCCAUCCCGCACGGUUAUUACGACUUGAUCAACGGAUCCGUUGGUUAUCUUAGCUCGGUCCACUAUAAGUGUGGCGAAGGGUACGAAAUGGUGGGUCGAGCGUUGCUCACCUGCGACAUUGACGAACGCUGGAACGGUCCGCCACCGCGCUGCGAACUGAUCGAAUGUGAGCCACUACCGACGCUGUUCUCGAACGGAGUCAUCGUGGCACCAAAUGGAACCGCUUUUGGAUCCCGUGCUGAAGUCGUAUGCAAUCGUGGUUUCCUACCGGAUUCGCCCGAAACGGAGGUAGUCUGUACCGCAACCGGACAGUGGAGUAACUUGCUUCCAAAGUGUGUUGAAGACGUAUCCAGUAAAGUGCAACCGACAACGACACCUCCGGUAACCUCGACCUCGAGACCGCAGCCAUCGAUAGUGUUUGCGUCCACGACUCCAGUUCCGGCAACGAUAUUCACGCAGAAGCGUCAACCAUCGCGAAGACCGACCCGACCUGUGACUCGCUUUACGACAAGUACCUCGACAACUCAGACCCCACUGUUCAGCAUUGAAAUAGACGACGGUAACGACAGUGAUGGCUUAGAUGGAUUCUAUGUCGGUACUAACGAGGAUUACUCUCUCCCACCCAUAGAAGUCCGUCCGGGCGUAGUGCGAGAAGAGGUUCCAUCGCGGAAACCGUACCGUCCGGGUCAGAACACGAUACCAAAGAUCCCUGGCGGACAGCACACCCCGCCGAUACGGGUGAAACCAUCGUACUACGAACCAUCAACAACUACCACCACAACCACAACAACCACUACCACACAAACACCAAUACAGACACGACCAUCCACGACCAGUACACGGCAGCACACUACCACGUCACGUAACCCGCAGGACAUUAUCCUUUCGCAGCACCCACAAGACAACGAAAUCGCCGGAUCCGUCAACAUUCGGCAGGACCAGUCUCCGAAGGUGAACGUCCCGUUCGCCGUGGAUAACUCGGACGGCGAGAGUACCGGAGGAGGAACGUACGGUGGCAUCGGAGGCAACCCCAACCUUGGCGCUGGUUCCGGCGAUCGGAAAGAGGCCAAGAACGCCCGCCUCAAUCUCGGGGCCAUCGUCGCACUCGGAGCGUUCGGUGGUUUCGUAUUCCUAGCUGCCGUCAUCACUACCAUCGUGAUCGUAGUGCGAAGAAACCAGCAGGGCAACCAGCACUACCGGCACCGGGCCUCGCCGGACUGCAACACGGUUGCGUCCUUCUCCAGCUCCAGUUCCGAGUCGCGUAACGGGCUAAACCGUUACUACCGGCAGGCCUGGGAGAAUCUGCACGAAUCCGCCUCGAAGGGGCACAACAGCAACAGCACGCACGCCAGCAGUUCCGCCGCCCUCAAGCGGAAGGAAACGAUGGACGCGCCACCCCCGAGCCGGUCCCGAUCGCGGGAAAAUCUCGGCGGCAGCCGAUCCCGGGACCUCGACAGAUUUUUUAUCGACAGAUCACGAGAGAACCUGUCGACGAACCGCAGCCGGGACUACCCGCGGGACAGCAUGGCCGUCCGGGACGGAUCCGAGAUGGUCGUGUCGGACGUGUGCGUGAAGGGCGAGAAGAAGCGGCACCACCACCAUCACCACAAGAGCAGCCACCGGGCGGACGGUGGCCGGAGCGGAGCGGCCGACGGGGAUCGAGGCCGCAGCAGCAACCACCACCGGGACAGUGGCAGUGACUUUCGGGAGCCUAACAUCAUGGGUAGCGGAAAUGGAAAUGGACGCGGUCGCAGUGACCACCGCCACUAUUGACCCCGUCGAAUGGUAAUCACUAUCAGAAUAGAAGGACAGCGCAAAGGCUCCGAGCACCAGAUGAGUCCGCUGUUGGAGGGACUUUGCUAGACUUUUCCCCUUCCUACUUUUCACACUCCAAUUUAACACUAUUUAGUUCUUUUCUCGUUCUAAACCAAACUUGACUCGAUCGAUCGCUUCUUCGAACGCGCUCACAUUGUUGUAUGUAUUUAUUUAUCAUUCACCCACAAAACUUCAUUAGUUGGUAAGCCUUCUCGGGAAAAAAAAAAAUCUCAUUUAGCCACAGACGCAGAAAACAAAGCAAAAAAAAUUUACCACAUUAGCGAGUAAGCAAUUCUCGUUAGUCAAGACCCCAGUAAAACUUUGUUAUUCCGACCGACGCCCACGCCGACAAAAAAAACGAAAACAGAAACACUGAAAGAAAUUUUCUUCUUACUUUUGAUUGUGAUUUACCAUUCCACAACAAACUGUAGAGAUAGAGUUUAUUAGAUUCGUUUUUAGCCCUUCGGCGCAUGAUAAAAGAUGGAAAAUUUCUUUCAGAACACAAACACACACAAAGCUUUCCUCCUUUUUUCCGGGUUCAAUCUUGACCGCGUCAAAACCUGCCUUCCGCGAGCGACGAUGAUUUGACGUUUAGACACGGUCGACACAGUUCCCAGCACAUCUCUUCUGUUUUUAGCCACCCAUCGUUCAAAAUUCUUGUUCAUAAAAUCGUUAAAUUAUUACUGUUUAUUUUUGUUUCGAUUUCCUGCUCAAAGUUGCGAAUCUAUUGUUAUUGCUCAUUUUUUUUGUUCUGUUUUGUUAUCGCUUCUCUCAAAGAGUGUUGUGUAGAAAUAGGAAUGACUCCCCUGUGGCCGUUUUUUUCCAAAGCGGAAACCCCGAACCACAGAGGGAGGAAAAAAAGAACUUGUUUAGAAACACAUUUUUAGUUAUUAAGGUAAGGAAAAACGCGAAACAAAGAUUAGGGAAUGAAAUUGAAAAUCCGAAACCGUAGAUGCAA